GUUGGCGGUGGAUCCUCUGUGAGCUCUGCUGGAUACAGUGGGUUGGAGCUGACUUAAUUGUAGGCACCUGUAGUUAAUGAUUGCAGCGCUGGAGUUGGAAAGUAUAAAAUAGGCUGACAACCUCGCCACACUUCACCUUUACCGACCGUCACCAUGCCUUUCUCUGGAAAGUACCUGCUGGACUCUCAGGAGAACUUUGAGCCUUUCAUGAAGGCAAUUGGUCUCCCUGACGACCUCAUCCAGAAAGGCAAAGAUAUCAAGAGCAUCUCUGAGAUCGAGGAGACGGGCGAUGACUUCAAGGUGACGGUCACAACUGGGUCAAAGGUACUCGUCAACACCUUCACCAUCGGAAAGGAGGCUGAGCUGGAGUCCGUCACUGGGGAGAAGAUCAAGGCGGUGGUUCAGCGUGAAGGCAGCAACAAGUUGAAGGUCAGCCUCAAGGGAAUCGAGUCUGUCACAGAACUGGUGGAUGCAAACACAAUUGUCAAUACAAUGACACUCGGCGGCAUUGUGUACAAGAGGACAAGCAAACGCAUGUAAAGGUCUGCAGUGGGAUAAUAAAAUGUAAAAGGCAA